AUGUCACUUGGUCAGUUCACUAGUAGAGGUGCAGCAGCUGCUUUUAAAAUGUCACGAAUGUUUAAAGGACUUGGUUGGGCAAUUGGAAUAAAUUCAUUUUUAUGUUCUAUCUAUUAUAAUAUUAUAAUUGCUUGGAUUCUUUUCUAUUUUUUUACUUCGUUUCGAAGUAAACUUCAAUGGAGUGAUUGUGGAAAUUGGUGGAAUACUGAACGUUGUGCUAAUCCAGAGACAUUGAAUUAUUCAAAUUCUACAAUUUUUUGCAAUAGUAUUCAUUAUCAAAUAAAUUGUACGAUACCUACUCUUCCACCAGAAGAAUAUUUUGAUAAUUAUGUUUUGCAUCGAAGUGAUUCACUUGAUAAUUUGGAUUUACCUAGUGCUCGAUUUGGUAUUAAAUUCUAUUUGAAACCUAAUUGGAAUAAAAUUCGUCAAUUUGAUGUAUUUGCUGACAUUGCUAUUUUUUCCGUACUUGGUUAUAUGUCCUUUAAAACUGGUUUACCUAUCGAACAAGUAGCUAAAGCUGGACCAGGUCUUGCAUUUGUUGCUUAUCCACAAGCAUUAUCAAUUAUGCCAGGUGGACCAUUUUGGGCAGUUAUUUUCUUUUUUAUGCUUCUUACACUGGGACUUGAUACUCAGUUUGGCUUAGCUGAUGUUGUUAUUGCCGGUCUACUUGAUACAUUUAAACAAUUACGUCAACAUAAAUUAUUUGUAUCUAUUAGUUAUUGUAUUUUUUGUUAUUUACUAGCAUUACCAAUAUGUGCACCGAUAUUGAUGAAUGAAUAUGCAGUUAAUUUAUCUUUAAUUAUAUGCGGAUUUCUUGAAUUUGUGGUUAUUGAUUAUAUUUAUGGUUUUAAUAAUUUUAUGGAAGAUAUUCGAAUGAUGUUAGGUAAAAGACCUUUAGAACCGUAUUGGUUUUUUACUUGGUGUAUUUCUGAUCCAAUUAUUACUCUAGUCUUAGUUUUUUCAUCAAUUAUUCGAUUUCAACCACCGACUGAAGGUAAUUAUGAAUAUUCAGCAUAUGCUAACAUGCUUGGUUGGCUUAUGGUUUGUUCAUCACUCAUUUUCAUUCCUUGUAUUAUGGUUUAUGAAUUUAUUAAAGCAUGGAAAGUAACUAACAGUCUUCAAUAUAAAGUUAUUGAACAUAUGCCACAUUAUCUACGAAUGUUAACUUAUGCUAGAAAACCAGAUACAGAAUGGGGACCAGCGAAAAAUGAAAAUCGUUAUGGUCGUUAUAAACCGAAGAUCGAGCAAUCAACAUCCAUAAAUCAAUCGAAUAUUAACGACAGUGAUAAUAAUUCGACUUUAAAGUUUAAAAAUAUGUUUCGUACACGAUUAUAA